ACAAAAAAAACUUGACAAUUACUUCUAGACGCACUCUUUUAAUAUUAAAAUUCCCAAACAACUAUUUAAAAAUGAGUUCAAUUCAAGACUCAUGUGAAUCAGAAACGUUAUUAAUGGAUAAUUUAAACAAAUGUCGCUGUUGCUUUCGUUUGCUUAUAGAUGAUCGAAGAUCUGUGAAAAUAACAGAGGAAAUAAGAUCUCAAUUUCAUCAUUUAACUCAAAUUGAAUUGCUGGUAUCGGAAAUAUUUGCAGAUCGAAUAUGCCAACUUUGUGCAAGUGAUUUAAAAGUAUUUUCAAAUUUGCGCGAAGAUCUUAUAUCGAAGCAGGAGUCACUUUAUCAACUAGCUGGCAUUGAUUAUAAUUAUAAUGUUUCAGCAGAGGCAGCAAUUGAAUUUGUUCGAGAAGAAAAUUCAGAUUACGAAGAUAACUUUGAAAAUAUUCAAGAACCUUUUUUUCGGGAAGAGGAAACUGAAAAUUCUCCUGAACAAGAGGAAGACAACUUAGAGGAUGAAGCCUAUAUAGAAGAGUCAACAGCAUCUGAAGCUUUCCUCAAAAUAGAAAAAGUUGAUGAAAAAUCAACAGGAGAUAUGAAACAAGAGAUUGAAAAUGACGAAAGCUGUGUUUCUUUGGGACUUCAACUUGAAGAAAUAAUUGCGACUGAAUCGAGUGAUCAAAAUUAUACUGAUAUCGAAAUGAAAGAUCCAUUUUCCAAGGUAACUUGCGAUAUAUGUGACAUUGAACUAUCUAAAAGUCAUUUCCAGCAACAUAUAAACAUAAUGCAUAAACAAUUUACCUGUAAAACAUGCAAUGAGAGUUUCGAAAGCAGAAUUUUAAUGAAACAUCAUGUCAAUGAAGUUCAUUCUAAAGAUAAUGGAACAGCAUCUCGCUCGAAAAAACGUCAUUUCUGUCCGCUUUGUCCCAAAGAUUACGAUUAUCGAAAACAACUUGAAGAUCAUAUCCGCUCGUAUCACGACAAGGAAAGAAAUUCACAAUGCCACAUUUGCUUAAAAACUUUCUAUCAUCGAGAUUUGAAGAAGCACAUCAUUCAUGUUCAUGGUGACAGGAAUGUUACAUGUGAAACGUGCGGAAAGAAAUAUACAUGCGUCGAAAAUUUGCGAUUACAUAUGCGUUAUCAUUACCCACCAGCUUUUGCUUGUUCCAAGUGUGACAAGAAAUUCCAUCAAAAAGUUCUUUUGGAGCAUCACGAGAAAAAGCAUUCUGAUAUCAAACCGUAUAUGUGCGAGGAAUGUUCUUCAGCAUUCCAUAGCGUUCGUGAUUUAAGACGCCAUUUCCAACGUGUUCAUGAGAAAGUUAUUAGAAAGUGCUUCUUAUGCGACAUUCAGUUUUCGAGAAAAGACAAAUAUCGGGUGCAUCUAAUUAAAAAGCAUACUGAAUUAUCUGAAGAUGAACGAAUGGAGUUAUUAGAAACUAUUCUUAAAGGCAAUAAUGAUGAUCUAAGGAUUCAAAUUCAUCCAAAGGAAUUGAAACAAAAACUAGAGAAUGAAACUAUAAUUGAAUGUCAACGCGAAUUCUUCCUGUUCCACCAAGAUCAAAAUCAUGUGUGUGAAGUAACAGGACUUUUCAUAAAAAAUGAAACAAAUGUAACAAUUAUCGGAAAUAACAUCACGAAUGUCCUUUACAUAUUUAGUUUUCAAGUAUACAAGUUGCCGAAAGAAAUCUUCAGAAAAUUUAUAAAUCUCAAAUUUUUAAUUGUGAACGGUAAUCAUCUUCAAAUACUAGAAGAUGAUACAUUUGAGUUUGCUGGAAAUUUAGAAGUGCUUAGGUUAAGCAAUAACGAUUUAAGUGAAUUACGACCUUCAACAUUUCACUACAUGCAUAACCUUAAGACACUGGAUUUGGGAAGAAAUAAAAUCGAAAGCAUUCAAAGCAAAUGUUUUCAAGGGUUGGACAACUUGGAACGACUUUAUCUUUCAGAUAACAUUAUUAAGUCACUUCCAAUAGACACUUUUCUUCCAUUGAGAAAAUUAAUAUCAUUAUCACUUGAGAACAAUCAAAUUUCCGAUCUUCAUUCUAAAACUUUUGAAAAUAAUAGACUAAUUCGUUCAAUUGGUCUUUCCAAUAACACUUUUAAAACAUUACAGAAGGAAUUGUUUCAAUAUUUUGAGAACUUAACAGAUUUGUCAUUAUCAGAGCUUAGGAUAAAAAAUUUAGAUUUGAAUGGAACAACAGUUAGCACACUUGUAAUAAGAAACACUGAUUUGUUAAGCAUUACUUUAUCAAAUUAUCCUAAAAUUCUUGUGUCAUAUGGUACCAACAUAGAAUUUAUUCAAUUUAUCAUUAAUAAUACAACUGCGGACUUUAAAAAGAUCCCUAAUUGGGGUGGUAUGUUCUAUAACAAAAAUAUUCGUUUUCUAUUCUAUUUCAAAAAAGAAAUUGCAACCCGUGAAAAUAUAGAAUCAUAUGAUGGAGUUAUAACUACUAUCGGAGAACCUUUAGCUUUGGAUUAUAAUGAUGACAUGAUAAUUGAUUUGUUUGGAAUGGAUGAAAACAACAAUCGUAACUUUUGGAUUUUCAAUAAGAAAAGAGAAACUCCCACUUCAAUACCAAUUUCUGAUGAUGAAUAUCUUCGAAAAAAAAUAGCGACUCCUCAUUCAAAUGCUUUUCUGGAUCUUAAUGAUGAUUUUCGUCCUGAUUUAUUUAUAACAGCUGAAGAUAAAAGCGUGGAAAUUUGGCAUGCGUCAAAAGAUUUGAAUACAAAUCACUUCGUUUUUAACACUACAAUUCAUUACGAUCCUUCAGGCAGUUCAAAUCGACAUUAUGGACAAUCACUUUUUAUAGAUUUGGAAUUAGGUGGUGAAUUAAACCAAUUACUUCCUGUCUGUCAUGACAAUGAAUGUCAGAAUAGCACUUUAUGGGUCCAUUCAGGUGAACAUUAUCAUGAUUUGAAUAUAAACUUCUAUAACGAGGAAAACAAAACGCAGUGGGGCUUUAUUGUACCCAGUAAUGACGACUUUUUAAGAAGAGCAAUCACUUUACGAAGUGGUGAUUUUAACAAUGAUGGUUUUCCUGAUUUGUUAGCAACACUUAAAAGAACUAAAUCAAAAGGGUUUUUCUCAAGUUCUGAAACUAUCUAUCAAACUUUUCUCUUGGAAAAUGUAAAGGAUACAAACGCAAAACCAUCAGAUAAAUUUAAAAGAACUUUCGUUGUACGCUGGAACGCUUUAUCACCAUUCGGAGAGAAUACAGUAAUGGGAUCUUUCUACGAUUUCUACAGUGAUGGAAUUCUCGAUGUGAUAUUACUGCAAAAAAAUGGUAAAAAAUAUAAACCUCUCGCAUUUCGAAAUACAUUAGAUUAUGAUGCAAAUUUUGUAAAAGUCAUUGUUCUGACUGGCCUCACUAACAAAAAGCCACCAGCUAAGGAAACACCGUUUGGCGCAAAACGUAGAAAUUAUGGAACAAAUUUACCAGGACCUCUUAUCAAAUACAACACAACAACACAAGAAGGUAAACCUCAGCAUGGCGUCUCAUCUCAACUUCCUCAAUCUGCAUAUCUGUCACUACACCUUCCAUAUACUAUUUUUGGUCUUGGACGAACACCAAACUUUGUUGAUUAUAUUGAAAUUGGAUUAGCUGGACAGAGAAGACAAUGGCCCCAAACGAUUCCGAAUUCACAAAUAUUUGUAAUACCAUCACCAAUUGACAAGCCUGCUUAUUGGAAGAUUCAACUUUUCGUUACUCCCAGCAAAAUUAUUAUCAAAAGUGUUUUCGCCUUGUUAGGAAUAUGUUUUGUUAUUUUAUUAAUAAUCUUAGGACUGCACAUAAAAGAGCGGCGUGAAGAUAAACUUGAGAAACUUCAAGAGGCACAAAGAUUCCAUUUUGACGCUAUAGUUCCUAUGGAUGAUUCAUCAGAAGAUAAUACGGAAGAGAUUCUUGUUUACAUCGACAUAGAUCCUACGUCUUUACCAGCUCAUCAAAUUAAAGAAUUUAACAAUAUAAAAUUUUUUGGACUAGAUAUGAAGAAACCUUUGUUGCAGAUUAAAAAUCAGUUUUUUGAGGGCGAAUAUGAUUAUUCUAUGGGAACACAUUUAUUUUUUGAAAAAAAUGAGGAAGCGCCAGUUGACGAGCUUUACUGCAAAUGUGACAGCUACUAUCAGUAUAGAUUAAAAACCAACAAAGUCGUUAGAAUGUCAAGAGUGUUAUUGCGGGAAAAUUGUCCCAAUGAAAAAUUAUCUCAUGAAAAAGCGCAAGAUGAAGAUAUUCCAGUUCAUCAAGACCAGCUUAAAGUAACGAAGACGUACGAAGAAGCUCUUAAUUUAUUUUUAAUAGACGGAAAAGAUCCUCCAAGAAAAAUUCCUGAAGAAACAAAUUGUUCUCAUCUCAAAAAAUUUAUAUCUACAGAAGAACAUGUAGAUGAUGAACACAAAAUUGACCAAUGUGUCAUGAGUCUUGAAUCAACUAUGAUAUGUCAACAGUGUUUGAAAGAGCUUUACCAGUGUGUUUCGUUUCGUAAGAAAUGUCAGAAUGCAGAAGAAUAUUUCAAAACGCAGUUAAUAAAAACUGAAGAACUUCAACUGAGAGAAGAUGAUGAAAUUCAUGAAGACAUUAGUGAGUUCAUUGAGCCACCUUCAAUUUUGGAAGAUAAUAUUUCGAUCGAUCAAGCCUUCGAAUAUGAUUACAUCGAAGAGAGUCAACAAGAAACCCUUGACAUUUCAAUAAGGCCACAUAACCGAAACAAUCGAAGGACUAAAAUACAUUUCAAUAAAAGAAAAACCAAUACUCUUCAGUGUAGAUUCUGUGGCAUCAUAUUAUGUCGAAAAGAUCGAAGAAUACAUCACGAAAGACUUCAUUUUAUAGAACAGAAUCAAGAAUAUUACGAAUGUUAUCUUUGUGGAAAACGUUUCAAUCAAAAAUUUGGAAUAAUUCCACACUUCAAAAAGUUUCACAAUUUUAAAGCUGGCCCUGUUGAAAAAUGGAAAUGUGCAAUAUGUGAAAAUAAGAUAUUACAGCCUGCAAGCAUGCAGAAGCAUUAUGAAAGACAGCAUAAAAACUUAUGGCCUGUCAAAUCGAUACCAUUGAUUAAGAACAUUAUGUGCCAAUCCACAAACACAGAAAUGCAUCAACUUCCAAAUAAAAAACCUAAGAAGUAUGAGAAAAAGAAAGAAAAGAAAACUGCAAAUUUCUUUCCUUGUUCGAUUUGUGGUAAUAAUUUCACUGUUUAUCAAAGAUACUUAAAGCAUCUCAAAGAAAUACAUCAAGUAGAUAAAAACGAAGUUUUAGAAGAUUCCAUAACAUUGAAUCAUAAUACCUCGUUAGAAAAUAAAGAUUUAAUCGAAGAGUUUACUGACAAAACUCAAACGAAGUUUCCAUGUACAACGUGUGGUAAGGUAUUUGCAUCAAUUAUGACCGUCAGAGCACAUGAAAAAACUCACUUGAAUGUACAAUACAUUUGCGAUUUAUGUGGAGCAUCAUUUAGGGUUAAAGCUUAUCUCACUGCUCACGUACAAAAAAUACAUUUGAAGUUGAAAAAGUACAAAUGUUAUAUUGAAAGUUGUUCGGCUUCUUAUGUUCAUAGAGAACAAUUGAAUUAUCACGUUAAGAGGCACCUAAAUAUUCGGAAUUAUUGCUGUCGAUAUUGUGGAAAAUCUUUUACUACAAAAAGUUGCUGCCUUGUACAUGAAAGAAUUCACACAGAUGAGCGUCCAUAUGCGUGCAGAUAUUGUGACCGCUCUUUUAUUCACCAUUCUGAUCACAGAAGACAUGAAGGGAAACAUAAAAAUUUAAUAGUCAAAUGUCAAGAAAAUCCACAAAUGUAUGUUAACUUCGAUACCCAUUAAAAAAUGUGUCUGUACAAAUAAAAUUAAAUUAGGACAUUUUAUCAGGAAUAAUUUUUAAGCAUAACAAAAAAACUAAUAUUUUUAUUUUAACCAGAUUAUUGUUUUGUUUAUUUUAAUAGAAAUUUUCUCAUGUUGAAAUUAAAUAGAAUG